UGGCUGGCUCACAUUGUUACGCCUACAGAAGACAGUCGUCUCCAAAGCUGACAUGGCAGGAUUUUGUACUUACCUCUUUUUUAGUUCGCUUAUAGAAAUCUGUAAUGACAUGUAUGAGGUACGUGAAGAAAUCUGUAAGGGUGCCAUCAUAGGCGCAGGAGGAGUUGUGACUCUGAUCCUCACACCUGCUUUGCUGGCCCUCUUUGGUUUCACCUCAGGUGGAAUAGCAGCAGGCUCCAUUGCUGCCAAAAUAAUGUCAUGGUUGGGAAUCGUGUACGCAGGAAGUGUGUUUGCAUUUUUGCAAUCAAUAGGUGCAACUGGUCUGACAUGGCUUGCAGGUGGAUAUGUAGCCAGCUUUGGAGGAGCAAUAGGAUGGAUGCUAUCAGCCAUUUGUAACCAAAGCCAAAAUAAUACCACUUCAACCUAAAGAUAAACAGCAUGGACACAGGCUGUGUGUACUCUUAAAUAACACAACUAUUCCUGUAGGUGACUGUUUCUGUUUCUGUGAUCAAUCUAAUCAUCUUAUUUAAAUUAACUUUUCAUGCAUCUGCCAUACACACUCUGCAUAAAGCAUCUUUCAGGUGAACAUAAGAGGUUGCUGAACACAACGAGCUAAACAUUGUAUAAGAAAUGCAAAAGAUGCUGCCUGGUGUUGACUCAGGAAGUUCAUUGACUCUGAUAAAUGAUCGAUUUGACACCAUUUGAGUGAAUGUGACGCUAUAAAAAUGAUGGUUCUGAGCUCUUUGAAAAUUCUCAUCUUAAACUGUCCUUUUAUUAACCAUAAUGAAAUGCAUCUGAAAUAAACCAUCUCAUCGAUUGUUGUUUCUGAAGAAGCUGUUCCCAUUUCAUUAAAGUAAUAAAAAAUUAUAAUAAAACAGUUUCAACAACGUGCUAAUAGCUCUUUAAAGGCUGAACUUAGGUUCAGUGUUGCUGCGCGCUCCACAUGCUAACAUGCUCAUCAUGACAACGCUAACAUGCUGGUGUGUGGGAUGUAGGCUUCAACGAUUAUCAUUCAGCGUCAAGCUAGCAUGCUAAUGUUAGCUUAUCAGCACAAACUGAAAUAAGAAUCAAUAAGGUUAUUAUAACUUAGCUGGUGUAAAUUUCAUGAGAGUUGAUCCAAUCAUUGUUGAGUUGUGCCAGUUAUUCUGCUGCAUGUCAUUUAGCUUGUCAAAAAUGUAGCCUAAAAUCCAUUUAACUUUUUCCAACAGUUACAGAGAUGGAUUCAUUAUUUUUUUAAUGAUCGUAGUGGAGAGUCAGUGCGUCAUAAAAAGCAAUUCUUCUCUCUGUGAUUAGGGUUUUGUAAUAAAUUUACUUCAGUAAAGAGUCAGAGUCAGCCAAAAUACAUCUGAUCAACAAAUACAGAAGAUGAAAAAAACAUUUUUUACAUUUGAGAUGUAAGCGUUUGCCUCCAAGCUGAUGAACCAGUUUAGUCUGAGCGAUUCAUCAAAACUAUUUCAUAUAGUUACACAAGAUAAAUAUGUUCUCUGGAAAUGAAAAGCCUGUUUCCUUAAUGGAGAAUUUCCAUAGUUUUUUUGUAGAUGAGCUGUUUCUACAUAUUACACUAAUACAUACAGUAAUUCCUAACAUAAAAUCAGUUUAUGAUCAUACUUUGUUGUUACUCCCAAAACUACACAUACUUUUAACAUUA